ACAGACAGUUAUGGAGGUUUGUUCUGACACAACAGACGGGCAGCAGAGAGCUGUGGAUGGACAGAUUCUGAAAGAGCUGUGGAGACAAGUGAGAAAGAGGAGAAAGAGAGAGCAGACUAACUCAACAGACUGUAAGGGGAGCAAGGUAGGCUGCUGUCUGUUUCUUUCUCUUAAUCCCUAAAUCUUCUGUAAUCAGGAUGAGAGGGAGAGAGCAUGUUGCCUGACUUAGGACGACGGAGUCUAUGUUGGGACCUGGAUGGAUUGCUGGCUGAGGAGGCAGCCUUACUGGCCAGUAGGAGAGAUGGAGGGAGGGGGAAGGCAGGAGCUGGAGGCAGUUUGGGAAACAUAAACUUAACCAGUUUCUAACAAGAGCCAACAGGAAGGGUGGAAGUCAAAUAUAAGAGGAUGGUUUAACCACCAAGAGCAAUUUCAAAAAGAGAGAGGAAAAAUAAAGAGAAGAGGACCAACAAUCUCUGGAUUGUUUUAGGGUGAGACUUUUGACUAUUACUAUUUGUUCUUUUUUACUUCGGCACAAAUGGAUAUAUUUCUUUUACAUCUUCUCUCCACAGUUUAGAGACGCAACAGAGACAAGAUUCGCAGGAAGACACUUGACUGGAUUGUAGGAUGUUGCUCAGCACUUCUAGUGAGGCCACCGCGGCAGAGUAAAAGUCGGAGCGUUCCAUGUUUGUGCAGAAGGAAGAAGAAGAGAGAAAAUAUGUGGGCAGUGCACGACAGACCUGACACCCAGGAAUGAUGACAGGAAGAGUGCGGGGUCCAAUGUCCACUGCAAACGACGACCCCCACCUGGGCGCAGGCCCAUCGCACGACUCGGAGAUCCUCCUGGAUGAUUCUGACUCGUGGAGUGUGCUUUCUGACGACUCAGUGCUUCCCGAAUAUGAAAGGGAUGAAAAUCAUACAGAGCCAGCGAAAAAGCUGUACGAGGCCUGUGCCAGGAAUGACCCAGCGUCCCUGCGCAGGAUCCUGGAGAGAGGAGUCACAAAAGAAGAGGCCAUGGAGCUGGACAUCAAUGGCAGGACUGGACUGACGUUGGCUGUGGCUAAGGGUUACGUCGAUAUUGUCACAAUGCUGCAUACGUGUCCAUUAAUAGACAUUAACCACCAAGACAGGGAUGGCAAUACUGCCCUCAUGAUUGCUGCCCAGGCGGGCUUCAUCACCAUUCUGAACUACAUCCUGAACUACUACUCUGGCGUGGACACUGAGGUCAGGGAUCCCCGUGGCUUCACUGCGCUCAUCAAGGCAGGCCUGCAGGGCAGAGAGGACUGUGUGUCUGCCCUGCUAAUGCAUGGAGCUGAUGCCAAUGCAAUGGACCUGGUCCAAGGGAGAGGACUGAGGGAUUGGGUCCUUAGGACAGGAAGGUUUGAAACUCUGAACAGACUACGCCGCCUGCAGGCUCAUCCUAUUGCUGAGCAGUUCUGUGAAAGCUACAUUCCUGAAUGGCCUGAUCUGAAGCAACUGGUGGCAAAGGCCACCGCCCCGAAAACAGAAGGUCAGAAACUGAGGCAGUGUAUAAAAGACAGUCUCACUUUCAGCUUCCAUUACGACCCACAAGACAAUGGGGUCAUGGACCACAUGGUGCGAAUGACCACAGGCAUCCACAGCCCUCUGAUAUCCACUGGCUGCCGUCCUCUCUGUCCCACCAGCCCACCAGAGAUUGGCAAGCGACGGUUUGCCGUUACUGAACUGCUUGAAAAGCACAGCAGCAAGGACCUGGAGGAGAGCACGGUAUCGCACAGUAAUGGCUCCAUCACCUCAGCCUCUCCCACUUCUGAGUCAGCCACCUCCGUAUCUCUGACCUCCUGCUGCCAGGACUCAGACUGCAGGGAGAUCAUGCCAUCAGGUGGCAUGAGAAGCUUCAUUCCCCUCAGCAUGGCACACAGGAACAGCAUCUUCCCCUCGGGCUGUAUUCCUAAGAUUGAAGUGACAAAAUCUGGGGAGCCCACUCCGAAGAAAGAGAAAAAGAAUAAAAGACAGAAGGGCUACCUGGAGCCUCCUGUGUGGAAGUACAAGGAAGCAAAGGAAGAGAAAAAGAGAGAGAAGAGACAACAGGAAAAGGAAAAAGAGCAAGCUAAUAAGUCUAAGGGGUCCAAACAUUCAGCAAGUCAAAAAUAAGGCAGCAUUACAUUUUCCAUAGAUACAUUUUUUAUGAUCAUUUCACAUGUGAGAGAUGAGUACAGUGACUAUAAAGCCAGAUGUAACAUGGGGGGGGAAAAACUACUUUGGCCGUGCACUAUUGACAAUUAAAAUCCACUGAUGGAUUUAUACUUUGACUUCAGAUGAACAGGAGAAAAAAUGGAGCAACUUGAAUUUGAUGUGAUGCAAUUUUAACAAUAUUUGGAAAGCUAAAAAAGGGAUAUGUGAAUAUUCCUUAUUCCAGCCUCUGGUUGAUGGAUAGACAAAGUAACAUGUGACAUUAUACUUGUUGCAGAAACCUGCAUUUCAUGAUUUUAUUUUUGAAAACAUACAUUUGUGAGGGGCUAUACGGUGGUGUAGUGGUUAGCACAUUCGCCUCACAGCAAGAAGGUUCUGGGUCCGAAUCCCGGUUCCAACCAACCAGG